AUGGCGCGAUAUGAGCGGAAUGUGCGAAACAAUAGAGUGAACGACGAUCUAGCCGAUGCGUUUGAUGCAGACAGCGAUGACGAGGCGGAUGAUACCCAACGCUUGGUUAGGAGUGGGAGCCAACUAGCAAACGCAGGGAAUGGAGAGGGAUCGUCGGCUAGGCCGAGUCAGGCCGGCUCGAGUAAUUCAGGAAGUCAGGCUAGGCCGGCUGGGCAGAGGCCGACAACGGGGAGGGUUUAUGGAGGUGGUAUGGCAAGGGAUGGCGUGUUCUCGAACUUAUCGGCCAAGCCAGAGGUGGGCGAUCCGGAGAAGGAAGAUUUGCCGCCGUCCUACGAACAAGCAGCAGCCGACAUGGCCCCGCCCUACUGGGAAACAACCAUCCUCGCCCCCGGCCUCGGUGGCCCCGACGACGUCUACAUUGAUGGCAUGCCCGUCGGCUCCUUCUUCUCCUUCAUCUGGAACGGCAUGAUCAGCAUGGCGUUCCAGCUCGUCGGCUUUUUGCUAACCUACCUCUUACACUCAACCCACGCCGCGAAAAAUGGCUCCCGCGCCGGCCUCGGUAUCACGCUCAUUCAGUACGGGUUUUACAUGAAGACGCCGCCACCGGGAUCCGAUGCGGGGGGGUAUGGUUCACGACUCGAGGGCGGAUAUGCGGCGCCGCCGGACCCGAAUGCACACGAGUUCGAACCGGAGGAUGUUAAUGGGGGAGGUAAUGAGGGGGGGGACUUUACGAGUGGCGAUUGGGCCGCGUAUAUACUUAUGAUUGUGGGGUGGUUUAUUCUGAUUAGGGCCGUGACGGAUUACGUUAGGGUCAGGAGGCAUGAGCAGUUGGUGUUGCAGAGCCCGGAUCGGGGCUUAGGAAUCCCGAUUAUUGCUACGGGGACAACGAACAAGUUGGCGUCCCCCAAGAACCUCCUGCGCAUCCUCAGCUCCGUCUCUCUCCGCCUGCGCGCCCUAGUGCCCCUUCCCGCGCAGGAUUUUGGUUUCGGAUUGUUUAGAGCCGCCGAGCAGCAGCCUGUGAGAGAGAUUUCGAAUAUCGCUAUGGCGUGGAGAUGCUCUGGUGGGUCAAAUAGAGAUUUGGUUGAGAAUUUGUGGCGGAAUGGCCUAAUUACGCACGAGGUGGUCAAGGAGGCUUUUUUGAAGGUCGACCGCGCCCACUAUGCCCCCUCCUACCCCUAUGACGACUCCCCCCAACCCAUCGGCCAUGCCGCCACUAUCUCGGCCCCGCACAUGCACGCCUCCGCCGUCGAACACCUCCUCCCCUCGCUCCUCCCUUCCCCUGCCAAUCCAGCCCCUCGCGUCCUAGAUAUCGGCUCUGGCUCGGGCUAUUUGACUCAUGUCUUUGCGGAAUUAGUGGGAAAUCACCCAGAGGCGAGGGUCAUUGGGGUUGAGCAUAUCCUCCCGUUGCGUGAUCUUGGUGAAGCGAAUAUGAGGAAGUCCGCGCGCGGAAGGGAACUUCUCGACUCCGGGCUCGUACGCUUCCGCGUUGGAGACGGGAGGAAGGGCUGGCUCGAACCCGGUGAAGAGGAUAAAAAAUGGAAUGUGAUUCACGUGGGUGCGGCAGCGGAGCGGAUGCAUGAGGAGUUGUUGGCGCAGCUUAAGGAAGGAGGCAGAAUGUUUAUACCCGUUGAAGAUGGGCCCGGGGGAUGGGGGCAGCAUGUUUGGCUUGUAGAGAAGGAUGCGGAGGGGAAAGUGGAGAGGAAAAAGUUGUUUGGGGUUAGGUAUGUACCUUUGACGGAUGCACCUGGACCGGAGUAG